CGACAUGUAGCUCCUCCUCCUCAAGCCACUCCCAUACAAACCCUGGCAACUGACCUCCAUCUUAUUGUAUAUUGUUACUGUCAGCAUAUCCUACCAUGUCUUUCUGUGGCUGGGGUGGUGAGGUCUACAAAGAUCACUUUGAAGCAGGUGUGUACUGUUGCUCAAAUUGCAAAGAGCCGUUGUUUCACAGUACUAAGAAGUUUGAGCAUUCCAGUCCCUGGCCUGCAUUUUCUGACACUGUAGCUCCUGACAGUGUUUCUAAAAGACCAGAUGGUAGUGCUUGGAAGGUAUCAUGUUCAAAAUGUGGAAAUGGAUUGGGCCAUGAGUUUGUCGGUGAUGGUCCUAAUGGAAAAUCUCGUUUCUGAAUAUUCUCAUCCUCCUUGACCUUUAAAGAGAAAUCUUAAAAAGCAAGGAGAUUAGUGGUGGUGGGGUGUCUUUUGGAAUAUAGACUUUUUACUCUGUCCAUAGCAGUUCAUAUUAUUGUUGAUAAUACUUUGAUGUCUUAUAGCAAAAUCCAUUAUCAUGGAUGCUUUGAGGCUGAUGUAAUUUUUAUCAACCCUUAAAUGAACUGAGUCUUUGUUAGUUCCUUUAUGUGACUGGUAAUUAUAUUUUUAACAAAAAUUAAUGUAUUUUGGUGAUUUAACACUAUAAUGACUUUGCUUUGUUUGAAAA